AGAGAGCGUUAGUUCUGCGUAAAGACGUUACAUCUCGACGUCUCUGUUGGGGAAGGGGUGAAAGAAGAGAAAGAAUAUUAAGAGGGAACAGAGAACUGCUCGUAUGACUAAAGUACGACUUUAUGAAAAGACCCACAGCAGACACAAACAGACCGGACACGAGGAGCAGUGACGGUUCCUGCGCCUGCCUUCCCAUUUAUACGUCAUCUGUUUUCAUGAACCUUUUAAAGUCCUUGUCUGGAUUUUACGCACGAUGGAUCAGGACCAUUUCUUUUGACAGUUUUGUCAGAUCGAGUAUGGAUUUACCAUAGAAGAAUCUGUGUGGGGUUUUUUGUUGUUGUUGUUGUUGUUGUUUUGAGAACUUUGACGCACGGCUUUCUUGUGUUUGGAUGAAAGUUCAAACAAUAUUCCUCCAAGCAUUUUGAAGUGUUUAAAAACCUUUUUUUAUAUAUUUUAAAUUGCACACUAGUGCCGCUCGCCUGAUUUCUCAAGUGAACAUCAGUAUCACAUCUCGCCCCCGGUCUGUACCCGUAAUAGCAACACAGAUCGCUUAACAGCUUCACGCGCUGACACCGGUGCCUCCUAAACGGCUGCUGGUUCUGUAUUUGUUCCUUCUCCCUUCUGCUUUGAGGGUGUUUCUCCAUUCUGGACGACAGUAUUACAGAGAAAUGCUUCCUCUCUCCCCUCUUCUGCUCCUUUUCCCCGCUGCGCUCUUCGUGGCCGCGCAAAGUGCCGGAGACCUCCACGGCUUCACCUUCCCCGGUGGGAGCGCCGGUUUCGACCCUACAGACCCCUGCAUGGUGGUGUCUCCACCAUGUAUGAGCGAGGCUGAUCGCUACAGCCUGGACGCCCUGCGGAGCAUCCACCAGAUGAUGGACGACGACCAAGAUGGCGGGAUUGAGGUGGAGGAGAGCGUGGAGUUCAUUAUUGAGGACAUGAAGCAGCAGCAGACCAACAAGCACAACAACCUGCACAGAGAAGACCAGCACAUCACAGUGGAGGAGCUCUGGAGGGGAUGGAAGUCGUCUGAAGUACAUAAUUGGACUCAAGAGGAGGUGGUCCGCUGGCUGAAAGACUUUGUUGAGCUGCCACAGUAUGAGAGGAACUUUAAAGACUUUAAGGUCAAUGGAAACACACUCCCCAGGAUUGCAGCUAAUGAACCUUCAUUUCUGAGCAUCCAGCUCAGAGUUCAGGACCAGAGAGAUAAACAGAAGCUCAACAUCAAAGCUCUGGAUGUGGUUCUGUUUGGACCACCUACACGCCCCCCUCAUAACUACAUGAAGGACCUGCUACUCAUUGUGUCAGUGGUGAUGGGAGUCGGAGGCUGUUGGUUUGCUCAGGCCCAGAACAAAGCCAGCAAAGUCCACAUAGCCAAGAUGAUGAAGGAUUUAGAAAGUCUGCAGAGGGCUGAACAGAGCCUCAUAGACCUACAGGAGCAACUGGAGCAAGCCCAGGAGGAAAAGCGUAAUGUGGCGGAGGAGAAACAGAACCUGGAGGAGAAGAUGAGAGAUGAGAUCAUGGGGGCACAGGAAGAAGCUUACCGUCUGCACGAGCUGAGGCAGGGAGCGGUCAGUGAGCUCAGCCGCCUGCGAUAUGCAGAAGAGGAGCUGGAGCAGGUCCGUGGAGCACUGAAGCAGGCUGAGAAGGAUAUGCAGGCUAGUUGGACUGCCUCAGAGGUUCUUCAGCAGUGGCUGCAGCUGACACAUGAGGUAGAGGUUCAGUACUACAAUGUUAAAAAACAGAGUGCUGAACUGCAGCUUGCUACUGCCAAGGAAGAGGCAGAGAGGAUUAAGAAGAAGAGGAGUUCUGUGUUGGGAACACUCCAUGUGGCCCACAGCUCCUCUUUGGACCAGGUUGACCACAAAAUCCUGGAGGCAAAGAAUGCCUUGUCUGAAGUAACGGCCUGCCUGCGGGAGCGCCUUCAUCGCUGGCAGCAGAUUGAGCUCCUCUGUGGCUUCCCCAUCAUCAGGAAUUCUGGCCUAGCAAACCUUACUGCCCUGCUCUACUCAGACUCAAUUGCUCUGGGGUUGCCUCGAAUGCCCCAGUCAUCUUGUUCAUGUCACAGCUCCAUGCAUGGAUCUAUAGAGGAUCUCUUAGAGGAGUCUCCAAUCUUACCACAGAUGCCAGUUCCAGUUCCAGUUCCAGUUAAGCGUUCUCCUCGAACACAGGGAUCCACCAUACGUCGGUCACGUCGUCCCGGUGUCAUCACUCAGCCACCAGCCACCACGAUCUCCUCAGACCCCGACCUUCUCAUCCCCAUCCGAGCCCCUUACCCUUGCUAUGAUGAUGAGGAGGGGCUCUUCCUGAAAACUCUGAAAAAACAGGAUUCCCAAGAGAGGUUCUCAGACUCAGACUAUAUACCCUCAGUUCCUCUCAGCAAAAUGUUUCCAAGUUCCACUGUUGAUGCUUCCUCUCGAAAGCUCUAUCAUGAUGAAACUGAGCUGUUUGCAGAUAGCCCGAUUACAAAGCCUCUGAAUAAAGAAGUAGAAGCUGUCGUUGAAUCUCCAGUUCGAAAAAUUUCAGUGGAAGAGCUUGAAGCAUCUGUAGAUGUUGCCUACCGGAAGAUGGCAAAAGACAAAGCCUUGGAUACUUCCUUGGAAACCUCAUCUUUAAAGAUGUCUGCAGAAGAGUCCCUCCUAGAUGCUACACCAAGGAAGAUACUGCGAGACAGGAGCGAAGUUCCCAUAGAUGUUGCACUAAGAAAAGGCAUUUCAAAUGAGUUGGAUGCAGAGUUUCCAGUCAGGAAAAUAGAGAAAGAUACAAUAGGGGACUUGAUGGAAAUUCCACCAAGGAAUACAUACAGAGAAAGAAACAAUUCACCACUGGAUGUGAGAAAGAUUUUUUGGAAUGAAUUUGAAGCCUCAAUAGAUGCAACACCAAGGAAGAUAUCAAGAGAUAUGAUGGGGGUUUCAAUGGACAGUGCCUCAAGAAAGAUGGCAAGAGAUGACGCUGAACGUCUGUUUGACUCCAGAAGGAUUACGAAAGAUACAAUGGGAAUGUCUCAAGACACAAGUUCUCGGAAGCUUCCUUGGAGUAAAGGAGAAUGCCAGCUUGAUUCCUCUGUGAGGAUAUUAGCAAAAGACAAGAUGGUUGAGAUUGCUAGAACUCCACCAAGAAAGAUCUCUCGAGAUGAGCUGGAGUAUUGUGCAGAUACUGCUUCCUUAAAGCUGCUACCCAGAGAGAAACUGGAAGCACUUUUAGAUACCUCAUCCUCUACAGAAAAGCAAGAGCUUGGUUUGGAGCCAUCAACAAGUAGAAGGAUACUAAGAAAUGAAUUUGAGAUGCCUGCUGGCUCUCUCAGAAGGAGAAUACCAAGAAUGCCAAGAGAUGACAGUUCCAUUGACACUCCCACGGGAAAAAUCUCCUGGGAUAGAGUUGAUGUUCCAUUUGAAAUACCCAAACAAGUAACACUAAGGGAAGAGUUGGGAGCAUCUGAAUCAAGUUUAUCUCCAGGUCGAACUGGACAGCCAGAUCUCAUGGUAACUUCCCAGGUGCCAUGGAAGUCAUCAUCAGACCUUUUCACUGCUGGCCCGCUGAGCCAGCUUGUGUAUGAUGGAAUCCUUGAAAAGUCAUGCAACUCCACGGCUUCACCCUCAACCAGUCUCUCUGCCUCAACCCCUAACCUGCCUCAUAGCAGACUGAUGGCAGAGGUGGAGCCACCACUGCAACCACCAAGAGUUGUCGUCCCAACUCCAGCAUUGCCCCCUAAGACUGGAGAGGGGAAGAUCGGGGAAAAAGAGAAGAGCAAGAAAUCCUUAAAGCUCAAAAAUCUUUUUAAAAAGAAAAAUGAUUCAACUCCAGAGAAGCUUCAGAGUGGUCUUCAGAAACUCUGACAAUCAGCUGUAAACGUAUCAUAAUA